CUGUAUAAUGGGCAGGUUGAGAUGGGUCACCAUCUUUGCAGUGCUGCAAAGCUUAGACUAGUGAUACUCAGUGCUGACUACACAUCUGCCAGUACAGAUGGCUCCACAGACUGGCUCCACUGAAAAGGAGAUGCGACCUGUUUCAGCCUUUCUACAGCUUUUCACUUGGGAAGAGGUCAGAAUCCACAAUGGCCGCAGCCAAGGUCAGGAGCAAUGGCUGGUGAUUGACAGGAAAGUUUACGAUGUCAGCAAGUUUUCCAAACGACAUCCUGGAGGCAGCCGAGUUAUUAGCCACUAUGCUGGGCAAGAUGCUACGGACGCCUUUGUAGCAUUUCACAAUGAUAAGUCUCUGGUGAAAAAAUACUUGAAAUCUCUGCUAAUUGGGGAGUUGGCACCGGAUCAACCCAGCUUUGAGUCUAAUAAAAAAAAAUCACUUUUAGAGGAUUUUCGUGAGCUGCGCUGCACUAUUGAGAAGAUGGGACUUCUGAGACCAAACUACACCUUUUUCUUCCUGAUUUUCCUUCACUUCCUAAUGUUGGAUGCUGCAUCCUGGCUUGUGGUCUGGUACUUUGGGAUAUCCUUAGUGCCUUUUGUCAUUGGCAUGAUGCUCUUCACCACAGCUCAGAUCCAGAUGGGCUGGUUCCAACACGAUCUGGGGCACUGCUCUGUCUUCAGAAAUCCCAAAUGGAAUCGACUUCUACAGAUCAUUGUGAUAAAUGUUCUGAAGGGGUUACCAGCCAGCUGGUGGAAUCACUUGCACAACCAGCACCAUGCCAAACCCAACUGCUUCCGCAAAGACCCUGACCUCAACAUGCACCCUCUCCUCUUCAGCUUGGGAAAGACACUCUCCGUAGAGCUUGGAAAAGAGAAGAAGAAGUUCAUGCCUUACAAUUAUCAGCAUAAGUAUUUCAUCAUUUUGGCCCCACUUGCAAUUAUACCCUUCUUCCAGCUGUCUAUCUUCUACUUCGCAAUCAAGAGGAAAAAGUGGUUGGACCUGUUUUUGAUUGUAUUUUUCAACAUCCGAGUCUGCCUCAUGUAUGUUCCUUUAAUGGGAUUUAACAAUUUCAUGGUGUACUACUGGCUGUCCAGGUACCUAGAGAGUCACUGGUUUAUUUGGGUAACACAGAUGAAUCACAUCCCUAUGGACAUUGAUUAUGAUAAGAACAAAGACUGGGUAUCUACUCAGGUCCAUGCAACAUGCAAUGUAAAGCAAUCUUUGUUCAAUGACUGGUUUACUGGGCAUUUGAACUUCCAAAUCGAGCACCACCUCUUCCCCACAAUGCCUCGACACAACUACUGGAAAGCAGCUCCUCUGGUGAAAGCCCUUUGUGAUAAGCACGGCAUUGAGUACAAAAGCAAGACUUUGCUGACAGCCUUUGUAGAUAUUUUGAAUUCGCUGAAGGAUUCUGGGGAGCACUGGCUUGAAGCGUAUCUGCAUGGGUAGAAACUGGUACCUCUCAAAAGGAACCUCUUCACCAUGAAAAUGCUGCAAAGAGUCAGCAUGGACCAACUGCGUGUGUGUUGGGAAGGGUGGCAUAGAAACUUGGGAGAUGGGCAAAGCUAAUUUCAAUAAGACUAGGGGGAAAGUGGGUUAAAGAUACAUUUUUUUUUUGCCUUGUUCCAAACCAUGAAGAUUUUUUUCCUGCUCUUAAAUUCAGCAUUUAGAGCCAUGAUGAACUGGGCCUUUAACAUGGGGAGACAUAGCUCUUGAAUCAGCUCGAGCAGUUCACUUCUUUGGAGGUGCCAGCUCAUUGCUUAUGGAAAAAGCUUGAAAGGAAACUCCUCAUAGAGUCAAAGAAUCAUAGAAUGGUUUGGGUUGGAAGAGAGCUUUAGAGAUCAUCUGUUUCCAAAUCCUCUGCCAUGGGCAGGGACAUCUUUCACCCAAAGAUUAGGUUGCUUAGAGCCCUAUGAAACCUAACCUUGAACACCUCCAGAGAUGAGGCAUCCACAACUUUUCUUGGCAGCUGUUCUAGUGCCUCACCACCCUCAUAGUAACAAAUAUCUUCCUUGUAUUUUAUCUAAAUCUAACCUCUUCCAGUUUAAAACCAUUGCCCGUUGUGCUGUCACUACAAGCCGUGUUAAAAUGUUUCUUUCCAUCUUUCUUGUAAGCCCUCUUUCAGUAUUGAAAGGGCGCAAUAAGGUCUCCUUACUGGUUUUGGCUCAGUGGAUCGGUGAAAAUGGGAUAGGACAAAGCAAACUGCAGGACAUCAAGACACAUUAGGAUGGGGAGGAUCUUUAAAGGAUAUUGUGGAAUAGAUAAAAUAAGUAUGCAAAGUAGAAGAUGGCCUUGGAUACAUCCCAUCACUAGUGACUAUAUGUACACUGAUUGCUGUAACUACUUAGGUGUUCUGACCAGCACUCUUCAUGGGUUGCAUAAGGAAGCAGGUCACUAAAUGCCAAGUUUUGUACCUGUAAUAGCUUGUUCGAGUACCGUGCAAAGCAUCUGUACAGAAUGUAUUAUUUAUAUGCAUAAAUACAUAUAUAUUUUAAUGGAGUGAUGGCUGAGUUGUCUGAUUAACUUUCUGAUGUAGAACAGCUUUAAAUGUGACUGAGGAGUAGGUCCAGAUUGCAAGGUUAUUUAGGUCAAUCCUGCUUUUAUUGAGUUUUAUAUAUAUAAAUUUUUAUGUAAAUGCUUACUUCCUGGUGAGUCCAAAGACCUGUAGAUGUCUACAUUGGUUUUUAGACAACUAAGUAUGCUUGUGUAGCUAUACCCAGAAAAGGAAUUAAAACAUACUUCAUUCCAUCAUUCCAUGCAGGUGUCUUUGGGCCUUGCACACUUUUCUUCUUUUUCACCAAAAAAAAUCUCCUUUCCUGUAACUGUCUUACCAGUUUUGUACCUGGUAUUUAGCUGUUUGGCCUCAAGAAGGACCUAGUCACUCCAUGCACUGGUCCACAGCUUCUGCUAAUGGAAUGUAUAAGGACCACCUGUAGAGAGGCACAGUAGCUCUCCAAGAAUACGUGUUUUUGGAGAGAGCCAACAAAAUGAAAUAGCUAAGAGAGGACCUAUAGAAUCAUUAAGCUUGGAAAAGACCUCUGAAAUCAUCCAGUCCAAUCAUCAGCCGAACACCACCAUGCCUACUACACCAGUGGAAUAGUGGAAUCUCUUCACUGAAAGUGUUUUAAGCUUUAUGGAAAAGGUAAAAUGUAAAUUAGGAGAGAUGAGCAGCGAAUAACAGACAAAAGAAACAGAGGAUGCAUGAAAGAACAAGGAGAUGUGUAGAUACCAAUUAAUAGCAGAUAACUAUCAUACAUAGCUCCUCUGUAUGAUUUUUAGAUUGAAAUUCAAUACCUGUUUUAGAAAGAGCGCGUAACCUCUGGUUUAUCUUGCUGAUUUUGCAAAGGAAUGAUGAUAAAAUGAUGACACAAUGAUGACAUUUUCUAAUUGAUUUCUAUCUAAUAUACUUCGUUAAGACAGUUCAGCCAUACUGGCAGAACGUGAAGGGGCUGGAGAACAAGUCUUACGAGGAGCGGCUGAGGGAACUGGGGUUGUUUAGCCUUGAGAAGAGGAGGCUGAGGGGAGACCUUAUUGCUCUCUACAACUACCUGAAAGGAGGUUGUAGAGAGGAGGGAGCUGGCCUCUUCUGCCAAGUGUCAGGGGACAGGACAAGGGAGAAUGGCCUCAAGCAGCACCAGGGAGGGUCAGACUGGACAGCAGGAAAAAAAUUUUCACAGAAGUGGCCAUUGGGCACCGGCAGAGGCUGCCCAGGAAGGUGGUUGAGUCACCAUCCCUGGAGGUAUUUAAAAGACAGGUGGAUGAGAUGCUCAGGGGCAUGGUUUAGUGGUUGGUAGGAAUGGUUGGACUCGAUGAUCCUGGAGGUCUUUUCCAACCUAGUGAUUCUGUGUACUGUACUGUGUUCACCUAACUGACUAAACCCACAAAUGGCAAACAAGUAGACAAUUUGCCCAUAAGAGCUAAGACUACCUGGAAGAGAAGCAGUUCUUCUCUGCUGUUCAUAUCCACAACUCUAUGCCCCAGCUUUCAGUGGACAACCCGUUCAAUAGAGGAAGACAUGAAAGAUAUUGAAGUGAGAUACUACCGUGAAUAACAUGAUCCAUCUGCAAUCCAUUGAUGGGCAACUUCAUAUAUUACAAGCUACAGACAACAACAGCCAUCUUCUAGGCAGCAAAUACUAUCAAGCUCAGUGCACAAAGGAGAAAGAGAUUGGACUUUUUAUAUUUACUUUUGUUCUUUAAGUACAUCUCAAUUUAUUCUUUUUAUUUACAUUUUUGUGUGUCUGUGUGCAUAUAUUAAUAACGCUGUUCUCGUUAUUUCUUAGUAAUUGCUGACAGAGGUCAUUGUAAAGGAUUAAAAAAGUAGUUGUUAAAACACUGCUGUGGAUGCAAUUUGGAAAUCCUUUCUAAUUAAAACCAAGAACUAAAUUCUGUGUUCCCAAAUGCAAGGUUGGUUAGAAUGGUGAUAUCCAAAAAUUAAGAGACAGACAAUCAGAAAUGGAGAUGAUGUCUCCAAUGAUGUUUGAUGACGCAAGAUAUUCCAGCUUACCACCUAAAACGUCAUUUCUUUAGGCGUCACCUGCAGCUGGCUCUGUAGGUGUGUUGUGCUAAAAAGUUAAAGCUCUUUAAAUGCUGAGCUAUGCUCCUGUGCAUGUACAGAACUGCCUUGAUCGGAGCAAUUUUCAUCUUAUCACCCACCUAAGGGUGGGGCAUAUUCAGUUUUCCAGUCUGCCAUAUCCCCUGAGGAACCUGAUCCCAUAGGCAUGCCUGGAACAUGCUUGACAUAGUGGCAGGACUGUGCUUUUCAAAGGACAUUUAUGUUUAUUUUCUUUCUAAAAUGGAUCUGUGUAACCAUUGAUUUUCCAUCAUACAGUGGUCAUACAGUUAUUAUGGCAGUAUAAUUCCCCAGGUUUGAUUCUCUCCCUAGCAAAAGUUGUUAAAAGCCAUAAUGCCCACCUUUUACCCGCAUAUGGAAUGGAUUGUGCCAUGCUCCCCUCUCUUUGAAAGAUGCACCACAGUGCGAAAAAGAGCUCAAGACUUGCAGAACUGGCCUCUUGUUUAUGGUAUUUCUUGUCUGGUUCUCAGAAUACUUUUUGGACGGGAAUUCAAUCCCCAUUUUAGAUGGUUUCUACACCUUAGAUUCAAUGGCUACUGGUACUUGCAAGAGUAAUUUCUGUCCUUUGUAACUGCAUUCAUAAGAGUGAUACGGUAUCUAAGCUGUUAUCUUAGGCAAUCUGGGUCCUUGUGUUGUACUUCUCAGCCCCUACUUGCUCAUACUCCACAAAGAACUAGAAAAUGUUGUGUCAGGACUGAGUCAUUUGUUCAAAAGCUGGUUUUUAUACCCUUCUUUUGCAAAUUGCUAUCAAGGAACAUGCCCUAUGCACCCACUGCAGUCUGAAAAACACCUUGAUGGGUCUCUAGAACUAAGAAGCAACAAUUUAAAAUCAGGACAGUGCCUCUCCUGCCCCUCCUUCCGCACUCAUUACUGCUGUCGAGAAUAAGAUGACGAUGUGCCUUGGCUACUAAAGCAUGAACAGUUGUACACAUAAAUCCAGGACAAGCUCAGAGUGAGAAACAGAGAUUACUGGAAAGCCUACAGAAGCUUGUGCAAGAUGAAGAGGUAAUUUUUUAUGAUGCUGUUGUAAGAGCCAGUUGGAAACAACUGUUAUGGUAUGUGAUGUCUUCUGUUACACAGUGCUGGUGUAAGAGUCAGCUACAAGUUAGACUGCAGGUACAAGUUAGAGUCUGAAUGAAGCCAACUUGCUAAUUCCCUAGCUCCCAACAAUGUGUUUGGUGCCCAACAUGCAAACUUUGCCUUGCAGUAUUUUCAAGAGCCAGUAAUGGGCUCUUUAAUCAACUGUUGAGUUCAAGUGGUCACCUGGACACAGGGAAAUAAAGUGAAGAAGAGGCCAUUGUGAUUCUACAUUAAUAUGACUCAUCAUGCUUUCCUUUACAGCUGAAAAUGCUGUUGCAUUGUCAAUGUGUAUAGAGGUGUUGCCAGAUGCAAUUCCAUGAGAACAGUGUAAUCUCUGUUCUUAAUG